UUAUCCAUCUGGUUUAGCCAGAGAAACCUCACAGCUGCGGCUGCACCAAAAGAGCUAAGGGAAAAAUCAGUUAUGUCGAAGUUCAAACUCCAAAUUAUCUCCAAGAGCCCUGUUCUACCGGCGGCAAGUGAUCAGCACAAGAAGUUUGGUCGCAGAAUUGAGUUGACUCCAUGGGAUUUGCGUUACUCCUUGCACGACUACAUCCAAAAGGGCAUUCUUUUCCUUAAACCCACCAAUGUCUUUUCUCUAAUUACUACCACCUUGGUAGAUCACUUAAAAGCCACUCUUUCUCAAGCACUGGAAAUAUUCUACCCUCUCGCCGGCCGCCUCGCCGUCAUCGAAAAAGAAGACGGCACCGCUAUCUUUUUUAUAGACUGCAACGGUGCCGGGGCUCACUUUGUCCACGCAGUCAUCGACGGCGUCACGGCGGCUGAUAUUCUGCAGUCACCUAUCGUCCCGGACGACAUCGUCUACUCUUUCUUUCCGAUGAAAGGAGUAGUAAACGGCGAAGCCGCUUUUUCUAAAUUACCGUUGCUAGCUGUGCAAGUGACCGAGGUCGUCGACGGUAUUUUCAUCGCUUGUACUAUGAAUCACUGCGCCGGCGACGGCAAAUCUUUCUGGCAUUUCUUCAAUGUUUGGUCGGAAAUCUCCCGUCAGAGCUUCGACGGAUCGGUUUCGCGAUGUUCCAGACCCGUUUUUGGCCGUGAGCGGUUUGACGGCUUUGUUAAUCUCCCAAUUAGCUUUCCUUUCUCUCGCGAUUCAAUCUCAAAGGUCAAAAGAGAGGUUUCGCCACCAAAUUUACAGCAAAGAAUGUUCCGCUUUUCCAAGGCGAAAAUCGCCGAGCUGAAGGCGAAAGCCAGCGCGGAGAUGGAAAUAAUUACCGAAUCCAACGAGAUCGCAAUCUCAUCUCUUCAAGCACUACUUGCUCAUCUCUGCAUAUCCGUAACCCGCAACCGACGUAUAGAUCCCGAUGAAGAAGUUGGUUACAAGGUAGCAGUAGGCAUGAGGACGAGAAUUCAGCCGCCAUUACCGGAGGGGUAUUUUGGUAGUGCUGCACUAGUCGUGAUGCCGAAGUGCACGGCAAGGGAGCUGCUGGAAAACGGUUUGGGUUGGUCGGCUUGGAAGAUCAAUAGGGCGAUCGCUUCGCAGACGGCAACGGAGGUGAGAAAGUUAUUGGAGGAUUGGGCCCAGAGGCCCACGCUGCCGUAUAUAGGGAAGAUUCUGGCUAACACGCUGCUCACCGGUAGCUCGCCGCGGUUCGAUGUUUACGGCAACGAUUUUGGUUGGGGAAGGCCAAUCGCGGUGCGGAGUGGUCCUGCGGCAAAGUUUGAUGGUAAGUUGACAGUGUUUCCGGGGGCUGAAGAAGGAAGUAUUGAGUUUGAAGUUUGCCUUUUGGUUGAGACACUCGAGUCUUUGGCUUGUGAUGCAGAAUUUAUGGCGAGUGUAAGCUAAAUGAUGAUGAACUAGUUUCAUUUCAGAAUAAGUAUAACAGUUUUGGCCAUUGGUCCUGCGGCAAAAAUGC